AUGUUGCUGCUAAUCCUCUACACAUGUACCGCACUGUCAGUCUUGACCUGGUAUCUGCGAUCAUAUCUGCGGCUACGGCAUAUUCCCGGGCCGUUCUGGGCUCAGUUUAGCAAUCUGCCCCGUUUCCUCUGGGUUGCUGGAGGAAAUGCGCAUGAUGUUCACAUUGCCCUGCACCGCAAGUAUGGAGAUCUGGUGCGGAUAGGCCCGAAUCUCGUCUCCGUGACGGGUCCGGAUGAGAUUCCGAAGAUUUAUGACUUUGCAGGGAGAUAUCUCAAGGUGGGACAGUCCUGCUUCCAAUGA